AUGUUUACCAAGAGCUUGCGAUCAAUAGCUCGUGCUCCAUUCUUAAGAUUAAAAGUCCACGAAAAGCCAGAGUUCCAAACCGACUUUAUUAGGUAUCCAUUCGGCAUUCCUCCAGUUGAAGUAAUCUCAAUGGAAAAAAAAGUUGACCAUGGUUUUGACUAUGCUUCAGAAUCCUACGAUUACGAAGACCACGGUAUGACUGUUUUGCAUCAGAGACCAUCUCACUACCGAUAUUUUUGGAUUUUUGCAGGAUUUUGGGUUUCCAGCGCUUUUCUCUACUUCAUUUGGCUUGAAGUUCCAUAUACUGGGACUUUCUUUGGGCAUUAUAACAUGGAUAUUGAAAUGAACGCAAUCAAAUAUGUAAACAACGAUGAACUUUAUCAUGACUGGGAAGGACUCAAAAAGAAGUACCUCGAAAGAGAAGCUGCAGCUGAAGAAGGUGGGGAGGAUGAAGAAAUUACCCCAGAAGAAUAA